ACCUGCACUCCAGGAAACCCCUUGGUUUCAAAUAAACUGAGAUGGAUGCCACCCUCACCAUGUGCCUCCUGUAUGUCUCCUCAGGUCCACAAUCUGCAGGAGCUCCGGCGAAGUGCCUCGCUGGCCACCAAGGUCUUUAUCCAGAGAGACUACAGCGAUGGGACUAUCUGUCAGUUCCAGACCAAAUUCCCCCCAGAGCUGGACAGCCGGAUUGAGCGGCAGCUCUUUGAGGAGACUGUGAAGACCCUCAAUGGCUUUUACGCAGAGGCUGAGAAGAUCGGGGGCAGCUCCUACCUCGAGGGCUGCCUGGCCUGUGCCACGGCCUAUUUCAUCUUCCUCUGCAUGGAGACCCACUAUGAGAAGGUUCUCAAGAAGAUUUCCCGCUACAUCCAGGAGCAGAACGAGAAGAUCUUUGCACCUCGAGGCCUCCUGCUCACAGACCCUGUGGAGCGUGGAAUGAGGGUUAUCGAGAUCUCCAUCUACGAGGACAGGUGCAGCAGCGGCAGCUCCAGCAGUGGUAGCAGCAGUGGCAGCGGCAGCAGCAGUGGUGGGGGUGGUGGGGCGGGGGCCCGGUGACUGGCCGAGAGUCCCUGCAGGGAGGUGUAUGGCCGGAGUGAGGGCCUCGCAGACCUGCGGCGGCUGCGCUACCAGAGCACC